UGGAGAGAGAUGAUGAGGUUGUCAAUGUCAGUCCCAUGGAGACUAUCCUAGGACCUUAAAGGGAAGAUGCGUCAGCCACUGGGUCAUCUUCUUUGAUCUUUUUCUCACCAUUCCUUCUCUUCUUAUAGUUGGAGAGUGCACCAUAGACAGACAAGGGAGAGAGAGAGAGAGAGAGAGAGAGAGAGAGAGAGAUGAAAUCAAGCGUAGGGAAGUUAAUCUAUUGCAUGAAAGGCUUGCCUUGCCGAUCUUCAUCGGCUGAUGAGAAAAUGGAGGGUGAGAACGUCUUUGAAGGGGAGAAAACGAUCAAAAUGGAGGGUGAGAGCGUCUUUGAAGGGGAGAAAAAGACCAAAAGAGAGCCUGGUGGAUGGAAGGCUAUGCCUUACGUUAUAGGGAACGAAACGUUCGAGAGGUUAGCAACCCUUGGAUUGCUGAUGAACUUCAUGGUCUACCUUCUCCAACAUCUCCACCUGAAGCAGGUCUUCGCUACCAAUGUCAUCAACAUCUGGUCCGGUACCACUAACUUCGCUCCCCUCGUCGGCGCCUACCUCUCCGACGCUUAUUUGGGCCGUUUCCGUAUUCUCGCCUAUGCAUCCGUUGCAUCUUUUCUGGGAAUGGUAACACUGACACUAACAACAGUGGUACCAGAGCUGACGCCACCCAAAUGCAACCCAGACCUGGAACAAUGCAUGGGCCCCACACGGGCCCAGAUGGGCAUGCUGUACCUAGCACUGGGCCUACUGACGAUCGGAGCGGGUGGUAUCCGGCCCUGCAACCUCCCGUUUGGGGUGGACCAGUUCGAUGCAACGACGGAGAAGGGCCGGCAGGGCAUCGAUAGCUUCUUCAACUGGUACUACUUCACCUUCAAUAUCUCGAUGAUGAUCGCGAUGACGGUGAUAGUCUACAUCCAGGAUAGUGUGAGCUGGGCCCUGGGCUUUGGUAUCCCUACAGCCCUUAUGUUCUGUUCCAUUAUAUUGUUCUUCCUUGGUACAAAGAUAUAUGUGUAUGUUCCACCAGAAGGGAGUGUCUUCACCGGCAUCGCUCACGUGAUCGCCGCCGCUUAUAAGAAGCGUAGACUUACACUCCCCCCCGCAGAUGAGCAGCCACAUGUGUUAUAUGAUCCGUCGCCAAAGGGGUCCGCCAUCAUUAAGCUUCCACUCACCCAGCAGUUCAGUUUUCUAAACAAGGCGGCCAUCAUCACAGACAGCGAACUGAAAUCAGACGGCUCUCCAGAGAAUCCAUGGAGGCUAGGCAGCAUCCAACACAUUGAAGAGCUGAAAUGCCUAAUCCGUAUAGUACCCAUAUGGGCUGCAGGCAUCAUCACCUUCACUUCCAUUGCUCAACAGGCCACAUUCACCCUAUCUCAGGCAUUGAAAAUGAACCGCCACAUCGGUCCCCACUUCCAGAUCCCCGCAGGCUCCGUCGGUGUCGUAAACAUGCUAGCAUUAACCCUAUUCGUCCCCAUCUACGAUCGAAUCCUAGUCCCUGUAUCCCGCAAGAUCACAAAACAGCCAGGCGGGAUCACUCUCCUCCAACGUAUGGGAAUUGGUAUGGUGAUUUCAAUCUUUUCAAUGAUUGUGGCUGGCCUAGUUGAAGAAAAGAGGAGAAAGUCAGCCAUUUUGCAUGGUGGGCCAGCUGGGAUUGCACCGAUCACGGUCAUGUGGCUCGCACCACAGCUCGCACUCUUGGGUGUGGCUGAGGCGUUCAAUGCAAUUGGACAGAUCGAAUUCUACUACAAGCAGUUUCCAGAGCAUAUGCGCAGCCUCGCAGGCUCGCUUCUCUUUUUAAACUUCGCUGGCGCCAACUAUCUGAGUGCUUUCAUCGUAUCCCUUGUCCACAAAAACACGGGAAAGCACGGUCGACCCGACUGGUUGGCUGAUAACAUUAAUAAGGGUAAGCUUGAUUAUUUUUACUACGCUAUAGCAGGAUUAGGAGCUAUAAAUAUGGUUUAUUUUCUUGUGUGUUCUCAUUUCUAUCGUUACAAGGCCAUUGUACAAGAAGAGGCCAAGGACGUAGGUGUUGUUAUUGAACUAAACGGUACUAAAUCCAUAGAUAAUUAGAUGUUUAUGCAUAUAAUACAUGCAUAUUUAGAUGGUUUUGUGGCCACUCUUAUGUGGUGUGUACCAAUUGGAGUAGCCUGCCCUAGUGCUGAGGGACCUCCAUUUCUUCAUGCAAGAGAGUUGUAGCUUUUUCUGUUGUGGGGUUA